AUGGCCAUGCUCACCCUCCAACUGCCUCCCUGCCCCACAGCCUGCUGUGCCAGCACCCGCCGAAGCCUGAAGACCAACCUCUGCAAGUGGUGUGACUCCACACCCCCUGCCUGCGAGGAGAAGGUGUGCUACAGCAACUGCAACCUCAACUCCUACUGCGAGGACCCCUUCGAGAUCUGCGUGGCCAUAUGGAGACAGGACAACGAGAGCAUCAGGAUCAGCACGCUCUGCCACAACCCCCAGCGCCCCAUCGAGAACCUGAUGGUGCCCAACUACAACACCUCGCGCUGCGUCAUGACCCACCAGCCCAGCCAGGACGGGGUCACCUACAUCUGCGGCUGCGUGGACGAGCAGGAGUGCAACGACAAGCUCAUCUUUGAAAACCACACCAAUGGCUACUCCAUGCUGCAGAGCAGAGAGGUGAUCCCGGUGGCCGCCAUCAGCCUCCUGCCACCGCUGCUGGUGGCGGUGAUGGUGACGGUGACCUUCUACCUGUGCCGCACGCAGAAGCGGCGCAAGAGAACCGAGGCGUGGGGCGGGAAAGCGGGGCGGCCGGCGGGGCUGCCGGAGCCGGGGAGAUCUGCCGAGAGGGAGGAGAAGCUGUCGGUGCUGAUGGACGAGAGCCCCGCCGGCUCCAGCCCCGCCGGCCGCCCGGCCGAGCUGCUGCCCAUCGAGCUGGACGAGAUGGUGGGCAAAGGGCAGUUCGCGGAGGUGUGGGACUACCUCUCCCGCCACGUCCUGCGCUGGAGGGACCUGCAGAGGAUGGCGGGCUCCUUGGUGAGCGGGGUGGCCCACCUGCACAGCGACUACACGGCCUGUGGCAGGCCCAAGAUCCCCAUCGCCCACCGGGACAUCAAGAGCACCAACGUGCUGGUGAAGAGCGAGCAGGAGUGCGUGCUCUGCGACUUCGGCAUCGCCAUCCGCCUCGACCCCUCCCUGACCGUGGACGACUUUGCCAACUGCGGGCAGGUGGGCACAGCCAGGUACAUGGCCCCGGAGGUCCUGGAGUCCAGGGUGAACCUGGAAGACCUGGAGUCUUUCAAGCAGAUGGAUGUCUACUCCAUGGCCCUCGUUUUGUGGGAAAUGGCCUCAAGAUGUGAAGUGGUAGGAGAGGUAAAGAAUUAUGAGCUGCCUUUUGGGUCAAAAGUCCAGGAACAGCCCUGUGUGGAUACCAUGAGGGACAUCGUGCUGCACGGCAGGGGACGCCCCGAGAUCCCAAGCAGCUGGCUGGUGCAUCAGGGCAUGCGCUUCCUGUGCGACACCAUCACGGAGUGCUGGGACCACGACCCUGAGGCUCGUCUCACCGCCCACUGCGUGGCCGAACGCUUCAACCUGAUGGCUCAGAUGGAUUGUGAUGACAUCCUCAACAACAACAUGGAUAACGAGGCCAGCAAAACAACUUCCCCAGGUGGGGAGCACCAGGACUGUGAUGGGAGCAGGAAUAUGCAGUGACACAGCAGGCAAAAAGCCUCAUCACGAGGAAUGAGAAGAUAAGCGAGAAGCUUUUAGCUCAUGGGGAAAAAAGAACAACAAACCUCGCUCCAUUUUUCAAAAUGGAGCUAAGAUCUAGUACAUAACUUAUUUAUAAGAUCUGUUUCCUCCCAAAGAUAAAGUGAACUGUGGAAUCAAUACUUUGGUUAAAGUGCAACACUAUAUAUGAACUGAUUUUGUACUUACUUUAAAUGUAUAAUGAUGCAAAGCAUUCCUUUUAUUAUUUUUUAAAAUAAUAAUCUUUAUCCUUUUAUUAAUAAGCA